AUGUCAAAUCCUUAUCAAACUACUCGUAUGGACGCAGCUACAGUACCAUCAAAUGCUCCAUCCAUUUCCAAUCGCAAUCGAACGUUCCUUGGUAAAUGUCAGUUCCGUCCUUCCGGCUCUUCCGUCAAUUUCACCUUAAUCGACGCUCUGACAUCAGACAAAGGCCCUGAUGUUCGCCUUGCCGAACACUCCCCAUCCACUAGCGAUCCCGAAACACAUAGUGGAUUGUGGUCAGAGGGAAAUCUUAUAGUCGACGUGAGCAGCGACAUUAUUCAAAGUCGUGAUGGAUCGACAGAAGUCACAAGCUAUCAAGGUAAACCAUGGAUCACCCUGCCAUUAAGCGGAACAAUGUAUACCAUCCGAAAUGGUAAAGAAGUACCUGUCGGUAAAGCUGUAAUGAGCGCAAGUAUAAUCCCCAAAAGGACUCUGGUGGCGGGUACGGAUAUCGCCCCUGGAUUAUACUGGUUUCACUCCGAAGGUCUUGAACGAGGUAUAAAGGGACUGGAGAUAUACGACAGAAAAGCGAUCACAAGGGAACUGUCGGUCUCAUCAAGUUGGUAUGCAUACUCCGAAUCAUAUUCUGACCGCAAGGAGGGUGUACGAUAUGUAUCGUCCCGCGAUAGACCGGUAGAUUUGGCAGGUUUGAUCAGCGGCACGUUGGAGUAUAGGAUGAUGGAUGCAAAAGAUGCCAAGUCGAUGGAUAAAGAGGAUUGGGAUCAUUACGAUGUUGAUUUAGACUUCGAGGUGAGAGAGCAGAUUGUGAACCGGGUAAUUUAG